AUGGGCAGCGCAGAUGAGGCAAAGGAUGCCGGCCCGAUCAAGGUUGUCGUCUGCGGCCUAGGCCGGACCGGCACGGCGAGCAUGAAGGACGCCCUUGAGCGGCUCGGCUUCCCGACCUACCACGCCUUCGACUUUUGGUACGACAGCCAGCCCAACAUCGAGCGCUGGAACCGCUUCAUCGACGUCAAGUACCACGGCAAGGGCGAGUUCACGCGCGAGGACUGGGACGCCAUCUUCAAGGACUACGCGGCCACUGUCGACGCGCCCUCGGCCUUCUUCGCCCCCGAGAUCGCAGAGGCGUACCCGGACGCCAAGGUCGUCAUCCUCAACCGCGACCCGGAGGCCUGGUUCCGCUCGUGCCAGGCCGCCUUCGGCCACCGGAACAACAGCGCCCUCACCAAGCGCAUCUUCCGCCUGCUCGUGCGGUGGCAGCCGCGCAUCCGCGCCAUCGCGACGCACAUGGACCGCAAGCAGGACGAGAUCUGGGGGUUCGAGUGGCACGACGCCGGCGCGCGGCCCAAGGCGCUCGCCUUCUUCGAGGCCUACUACGCCGAGUGCCGCGCCCGCAUCCCCGAGGACCGCCGCAUCGAGUUCUCGGUGCAGGAGGGGUGGGCGCCGCUGUGCGCGCACCUGGGCGUCGAGGUGCCGACCGAGACGGACGGCGAGGGCCGGGCGGUGGCCGUGCCGUUCCCGCGGACCAACGAGGCGGCGCAGUUCAAGGAGAGGGUCGGCGGGGUGGCCCGGAAGGUCAUCAGGCAAGGCGUGUGGGACUGGGCGUGGAGGCUGGCUGUGGCGGGCGUGGCCGGGCGGUAUUUCUGGAUGUACAGAGCGCCGCUGAAGGGGCUGGUCACUGGGCUGCUCUCCAGCGUCCAAGCGCAAUACUGUGCUUCACCAGACAUCAUCAUGAUCGGCACCUCAUUGCCAGAGUACAUCUUCAUUCGAAUCUGCAUCUUCCUCCUGCGGUACAGCAUCCUCCUCGCCGCAGUAGGCCUGGCCGUAUGCUACUAUCUAUCCCCUCGCCCUUUCGCGAUAUACGGAGUCUGGACAUUUGGCGCCAUCUUGGUCGCAGAGAUCGUUUUCUGCCUCUUCCUUUACACCCCUUACCGGACCCGCCUCCAGCGCGAGGCCAAGCACCCGCCGCCGCUCACGAGCGCAGAGAGGAAGGCGCUCUUUACAAAAUGCCUAGCCAACAUCCCAGAUCCGGAGGGUUAUCUUCGCAAGUGGUUUCUCGGAGCCGACUUGCGGGAUAUCAGAAAGGAAAACGUACGGGAGUUCCUGCUCUGGGCGUUCUUUGAUCGGGACAACGGCGAAAGCGAACAAGACGGAGAAGAAGAAGAAGAACUAGGGCUCUAUCUGAAGGACAUCGAAGCCAUGCUGGGAAGACCACUGGCUGAGGGGCGAGGAUCGGCAAAGUGCCUCCGCCUGACGAUCGACCAGAUCGAGACGCGCUACCGCAGUGUCUUGUGGUUCGGCAUCGUGACGCUCGUCGACUUCAUUUCGCACAUGCGUAUGAUCUGGGACGGGUACGAAUACCACGCUCAGCCGCUCAUGAAGCGGAUGACGGUCUUCCCGCCCAGGCCCCUGCUCUGGCUGCUGGCAGGCUUGGCGCAACGGUCGUCCAAGGCAGACAAUCUCGCCUACUGGUAUCGGCCACACACAUCCAAGAAGCUCGCUCCAAUAGUGUUCCUCCAUGGCAUCGGCAUCGGCCUGUGGCCGUACCGGAGUUUCCUCGGGCAGCUGGCGCGGACCACUGACGAGGACGGCGGCCAGGUGGGCAUCAUCGCGCUGGAGCUGCUGCCCAUCUCGAUGCGCCUGACCAACGAGCCCAUGAGCCGGCCAGAAUUCAUCCAGCAAGUCAACCAAGUGCUCGAAAGCCAUGGCUGGACUGAGUUUGUGCUGGUCUCACACUCGUACGGGUCCGUGUUGACGACACACCUUGUGCGCUCGGCCGAGGUCGGACCAAAGAUCAAGUCGCUGGUGCUGGUCGACCCGGUCAGCAUCCUGCUUCACCUGCCGGAUGUAGCGUACAAUUUCACUCGGAGGAAGCCCCGCACGGCGAACGAGUGGCAGCUGUGGUUCUUUGCCAGCAUGGACCCAGGCAUCGCGCACACGCUUGGGCGCCACUUCUUCUGGAGGGAGAACAUCGUCUGGAAAGAAGAGUUGACUGAGAAGCCGAGCAGUGCGGGCGAAGCGAAGCGAAAGGUGGCUAUAUGCCUCGGUGGAAGGGAUCUCAUCGUGGAUACGUCCGUGGUUGAGAGUUAUCUGCGCAUGAAGGGUGAUUUGAAAGAGAGCCAGGACGGUGACGGGAUUAUUUCCGAUCGCUCAUCUAGUCUAGACGGGAGCCUUGAAGCGACCAGAUAUCUGAGCGCGUCUGGCAUCGAGGUCCUCUUCUUCCGUCUGCUCGACCACGCACAGAUCUUUGACGGCAAGAAAGAGGUUGAGACCCUGGUCGAGGUCGUGAUGAGCCAUUGCGAGGCUUGA